UUUGUUCAAAACUGUCCGGGGUCAAGAAGAAGCUGCGCAGGGGCACGAAGUAUCCCUCCAGCAGCCCCAUGAUCAGCACCAGGACUGCUCUGAAAACCCCCUCCGCCUCCCACGAUGAGCUCCUUGACUUCUCGGCUGCUGCUGCUGUUCCUCUGUGCAUUUCCAUUUGAAGAGACAGUGGAGAAAUUCACCCCUCUUCAGAACCCCAGAUUUUCAGGAAGGCGGUCUCGGCAGCUAGCCAGCCUGUGGGAGCAGACCCCGGGCCUGUGGGAACCUGUCCGGGAGCGGACUCGGGGCCAGUGGGAGCGGACCCCGGGCAAGUGGGAACGGACCCCUCCGUAUCUGGACAAGAAGCCGGGGCCAGAGGCAGCUGAACAGAUGGCCAGGUUGGCCCUGCUUUGCCCGGCCGAGGAGUCCCCCAGCCAGGUGUGGCGAGGGCUCUGCCCCACCCAGAACCAGCUGGUGACGGACCCCCAGGGCAGCGUGCUGGUAGAGCAGGAGAAGGACCUGUCCGCUUACAACGGGAAUUCCUUCGGCUUGCGCUACGGGAAGCGGCACGCGGGCGUACUCAAGGCUCGGCUGAAGAUCUGGUAGAGGCCAGCAGGUUGGGACGA